UUCGUCCAGGCCGACCCGGGGGCAGUGCUGAGCCCGCAGCGCCUCUGAGCAGGGGCGGCAGUGGGGCGCAGGCCUCGGGGGGCAGCGUGUGGCCUGACGGAGCUCAGAGGGGCCUGUGGGUCUGAGCACGGGUGUGUUUCCUGAGCAGAGAAAUGCGGUGACGCAAGAAAGCCAGGGCGGGUCCCCAGCAGAAAGUCCUUCUUUACCUUCUUCAAGGAAGGAAAGCGGAAAAUAUUUUUAUCUACUUUAAAAAAGUACAAGAAGGAAAACCUCCAGGCCUGUUAAUUAAAUGCAGACAGUCCUGGUCACGGACUCUGAGGUCUGUGCCCCGUUUGUGAGCAGAGGGCACAUGGCCGCGCCCUGUGGUGAUUCGGGUGUUUUGGUCCCACAGCCUCCCCUGGAGCCCAGGGAGAAGAACAGGUGGAGGAGGAAGAGACACGCGGCUCUGAGAGGCUGCAGAGUUCGCCUGCGACGACUGGAGGUGGCAAGCAGCCUGCUGACACAUCCAGAGAGCCUCCUGAGCAGGAUCCUGGACAAGAGCGGAGAUCGUCGGUCACGUCAGGACCCCCCUGGUGAGAAUAAGCCGCAAUCUCUCAUCGCGCCUGAGACUCGACCCCCAGAACGGCCCACGUUGCAGAAGCAACCAGAAGGUCAGCGGGCUCGAUCCUCUGGAGUCGAAAGGCCUCAGGAAGUGUGCAGCGUCCCUACUUCCACCUGUCGGGGACUCCCUAAGGGAUGGAAACCCCGUGUGAACACCUGCCACGGGACUCCCCCCCUUGAGCUGUACACUCGGGAGAUGCUGGAAGCGCGCACCAGAAGGCUCCGGGCGCAGCACAGGCGGCGGGUACUCCUGAAGGUCGUUCAGGCGCUAACUGUCUAUCGGCUGAGGAAGACCCGCGCCUGGCCCACUCUGCAGUCGGCCUUGGCCGCCCCAGGCACCUGUGUGUCAGGCAUCCCCACGGGACUCAAGUUUCCUGACUGUGUGGGGAACCCCCCUCAGGCCUUCCCAGGAGAGACCUUGGAAACCGAGGAGGCAGCUUCCACCGCGGGGAGGCCUCUCCUCGCCCGCUCACGUGUGUGUGUGGAAAUGGUCUGGGGAGGGAGCCCACUGGGUGAUGACUACAGGUGCCCCACAUCCUGUCCUAUUGGACAGGAGGGCAGGCCACCGAAUCAGUGCCCCACACUCAGCGACACGGGUGGAGGCUGUCAGAAUGGGACUGUGGAGCAGGCCCAGAGGGGCAGCCCGGAGCUGAGUCCCUGUUCAGCAAUGGCCAGGGAUGAGGUGAGAGAGGACAGUGGGGGACAGGCCUCACAGGACCCAUGUGGGAUGGUGACGACGCUGGAGGUGACCUUCACAUCACAGUCUUUGAGGGCCACAGAGGCUAGGGAGGCCACAGCGCUCCCACCUCUUCAGCCACAGUCCAGAGUCACACCGGAAGCAGCAUCUCAGGACUUAAACGAGGAUGCAGGGAUGUCAGAAGCUCCAGGGACCAGGGAAAGUCCCCUGUCCUGUAUGAAGCCUGUUUCCCUGUACCCAGGAGAACCAUGUUCCAACACAGAGGCUGAGAGUGAGCUGAAGCCCAAGGUGAGGGAACCAUCGCAGAACCACCCUCGACACUCUCCCCCACACAUGCCGCUCAUCAGAGCCAACGUGGCUUCUCCUGUGUCCCCGUGCCGUCCCCAGAGCAGGCCUACGGGUGAGCACGAAGAGGGGUCUGCGGCACUGGGCCCACGGCAGGCUGUGACUGGGAGCCGGCCUGCCCGGGUCCGGGGAGCAGUACACUCCGCUGGGACCAGAUGCCCCCAGUGCCCCCCAGGGGAGACACAGAGGCCUCCGGAAAGCUCCUUCGCUGCAAGGCUGAUGCUCUUCUUGCAGAGCAUAAAAGGCAAACAGCGCUACACUCUGCCAAAACCGAAACUGUCACCAGCCACCGCCCGGAGCCAGGGGUCAUUCGCAGGAAGAUCAACUGUGGUGAAUGCGGAUGCUGAGGCUCAGGCGGUGCUGAGAGCGGGCGGACAGACUUUAGAGGAGAAAGUGGCAGCUCUCCGUGGCCUUCACGCCCCAGAGUUAAAGGCCCCAGUACAUGCGUGUCACCACUCCCACGGGCAGCCUGGCUCCCCCAAGCCAGGGAAAGUUAGUCGUGUACCGUGCGGCCAUCCACCCACCCAGCAGGGCCAGACUUUUCCAGUCAAGGAAAGGCAAGGCAGACACCGAAAGCCCUUGGAACAUGUCACCUUGAACAAGGAGCCACUGGACCUGAGGAGCUCCGCUUCCUGGUCCCACAAGAAGACUUUGUCUUCACCAGUCAGUCGCUGCCAGGGUGGACCCGCCAUGCAAAGUGUCCCAGGCCAACAGCGACACUGCCCGCAGCACUGUCCUCUUCGCAGAGGUGUCUACUCUGGGCAACCACAAGGUGCUCUCAACCGAAAAAGACUCACGCCUGGCCCAUUCUGCAGUUGGCCUUACCCCACCCCCAGGCACCUGUGUGUCAGGCAUCCCCACGAGACUCAAGUUUCCUUACUUUGUGGAAAAACUCCCUCAGGCCUUUCCAGGAGAGACGGUGGAAACUGAGGAGUCAGCUUCCACCAUGGG